CACACUCCACUGCAGAGCCGUAACCCUAUAUUAACCCUACAUGUAGUCAUGAGUUAUGUAAUCAUGGGAAACUGGAGAAUCCGGGUAACCUGCUCCCGUUGGCCGCCGAAAGUUUUGCCUUUCUCACCGCCUGGAAAAAUAUCGUCGGAGCCACCUUUCUGUCGCUCAAUUCGCUGUCUGUCGAGUGUCUCUGCGCAAUUGCGAACAAGAAGCAGCUGAUUUCAUACUUGUUAGUACAGUGCUGCACUAAUAAGACAACGAUGCUGCCGCAAGCGACUUCCUGUGGGCGUCGCCUCGUCUGCUCGUCCGUACUCUCGUCGUCGUCGUCGUCUUUAUCCUCCUCACGAGCAGCACUUUCUACUUCAUUGCUAUCACGUCCGGCCUCAACACGAUGCGGACUCAGCGCAUCUUCAUCACCAUCUCCCUCCGCCUCGCCAUUUUCCUCCCCCUCCUCCUCCAGACCCUUCUCGUCCUCGGCCACAGUCCAAGCCGACCCAAAUCCGAACAAAGUCACGAAACUAAAAGACCCCGCCAAAUUCAACACGCCCUUCCCGACCCGUCACAACCCCCGGUCGUCGGCAAACAAGGCCGCGCCCGUCCUCCCUCCCGGACUGACAUACAACCCUCCGCCCUCGGCUCCCUCGCCGUUCGACACCCCAGACAUCUUCCUCCCGCCGCAUGAGCGCGCAAAGGUCCUCACCGCCCCCGGCGUCGAGGUUCUGCCUCCGCCGCUGCGCGCGGUCGAGGAGAAGAAAUACCAUCUCGACGAGGAGCAGAUUGAGAAAAUCAGGCAGCUGCGUGAGCAAGAUCCCAACAAGUACACGAGAAAGGUGCUCGCGAAGGAGUUUGGAUGCUCGGACUUCUUCAUCGCGCUCGUCUUGCGCUCGCCGCAGGAGCGUCUGGAUGAGAUGGACAGACGGCUGGGUAUUAUCAAGUCCAGAUGGAAUUUGUACAAGAGCACCGCCCGGUUAAUGAGAGAGAAGCGGAGAGAGCAGUGGGCCAGAGACGAGUAAUCGAUCUUUCUCGUCUCUCCUUUCAUACAAGCAGAUCUAUGCAUUUUAUGUACAUACAUUUUAUAUUUUGUUUAUUUAGAUUGACAAUUAAA